AUGAUUUCACAUUGUUUUAGGGAAUUUAAAUACUUAUUUGAAAUGUGGUUACGAAGUGAACAUGUUAGUAGAAGACUACGUGGUCGUUUAAAUAUAAGUUGUGUAUCCAGAACUAAGAUAUCCAAUCAUCGGGUACAAGUCAGCAGUUUACGGAAACUUCCUUCUAUAAAUAAUAAUAGUCAUCGCAUUAAUAUUCCAAAUAAAUGUGGUAGGCUGACAAGAUGGAGACGUAGAUGUACUCAUUUUCUGAAAGAGGCUUGUAAAGAAAAUGUUUUACGUUUUGCGAAAUCUGCGCCUAGUAGACGAGAGAGAGGACCUCGUAGAAGAAAAUGCAUAAAACGAUCAAUGGUUACUUCGACUCCCUUACACCGAACUUCUGCAAAAGAUGUGGUUAUUCCAGCAAAAUGUGCAACAGCAUCCAAAGUUUCUGAAGAAUCUAAGGAAAAUUGGAAUACAACUAGUUUAUCAUUAUAUUCAUCUAUAUUAAGUACAGAUUCAUGUUGCUCUUCUAUAUCCAGUGUAAAUGAUUUCAAAUCUUCAAUUCCAAGUGUAUCACCACUGUCAAAUCUAAUGCCUCCUGCAUCACUAGGAUCAAAUUCUGACCUUUCAUAUGUAUUGGAUAAUGAAGAAAGCAAAAAUAUUGAUACUAGUUCUCUAUAUUAUUCCGCAUCUUGUACACAAACAGAAACGUCUGAAGAAUGCUAUAGUUUAAUGCAUUCUACAUCCAUGUAUGGAACUCGUUCUUAUUCAUCAGAAAAGUAUUUUCCAAAUGGAAAAUAUGCACUUAGCAACAAUAAUGCAAAUAAUAGUAAUUUGUCAAAAAAUCAAUGUUCUGUUGAGAGCCAUUUGUCAAAAUAUGAGUCAAACUUUGCCAAUACAAAGUAUGGUACAUCAACCAUGUACAGUUUAAGCCAUCAUCAUUCAUCAGAUACGAACGGGAAUGUUACUGAAAAAUACGAUUCCGAUGAUAUCGAGAACGAUUACCAUGACGUUGAAUAUAUGGAAGUUGGGAGUGAAGAAAUAGUAGAAAGUUGUGAUAUGGAAAAUAUGGUUACUCAUGUUCAAGAAGAUUGGGAACCAUUUGAUCCUUAUGUCUUCAUUAAACACUUACCACCCUUAACUCCGGCAAUGAGAGCCAGAUGUCCUGCUCUUCCUCUUAAAACACGCAGCAGCCCAGAAUUUAGUCUCGUAUUAGAUUUGGAUGAAACAUUAGUCCACUGUAGUUUGCAAGAACUUUCGGAUGCAGCAUUCCGUUUUCCAGUUGUUUUUCAAGAUGUAACAUACACAGUGUUCGUCAGAACACGACCCUAUUUUCGCGAAUUUUUGGAACACGUUUCAUCAUUAUAUGAAGUAAUCCUUUUUACUGCCAGUAAACGAGUUUAUGCAAACAAAUUAAUGAAUCUAUUAGAUCCAACACGAAAAUUGAUUAAGUAUCGUCUGUUCCGAGAACACUGUGUUUGCGUAAAUGGAAAUUAUAUCAAGGAUCUAUCUAUACUUGGUAGAGAUUUAUCAAAAACUGUUAUUAUUGAUAAUAGUCCACAAGCAUUUGGAUACCAGUUAGAAAAUGGUAUUCCUAUAGAAAGUUGGUUUGCUGAUCGUUCAGAUAAUGAACUAAUGAAAUUGUUACCUUUUUUACAAAAUUUAGUAAAUUGGGGUGGAGAUGUUAGACCACGUAUUAGAGAGCAAUUCCGACUUUUCAGUUUUCUACCACCAGAUUAAUUUAGUUAUUAAGCAUAAAAUUAACAUUUGAGAAAUGGCUAGCCUAUGUAGGUACGUACGUGUAUAAUAUAUCUUACAGAUAUUUGAUAGAUAAAUGUAAGAUAUUAAUACAAAGCGUGCAAUA